UUCUUCAGUACAGCAGGGGACUCCCUCUAUCAGACCUUGGAAGUCCCGAAAACUGCUACUUCGGAGGAAAUUAAAAAGACAUAUAGGAAAUUGGCCUUGAAGUAUCAUCCUGACAAAAAUCCUAACAAUCCAGAAGCAGCUGAAAAGUUUAAAGAAAUUAAUAGGGCACAUGCUAUACUGACAGAUCUAACGAAACGUAAUAUAUACGAUAACUAUGGAUCUCUUGGUUUAUACGUCGCCGAGCAGUUUGGAGAAGAAAACGUUAAUGCUUAUUUUGUUGUUACCUCUGGAUGGUGCAAGGCGCUGUUCAUAAUUUGUGGAAUACUUACUGGUUGUUAUUGUUGUUGCUGCUGUUGCUGCUGUUGCUAUUUCUGUUGCGGCAAAUGCAAACCAACUCCUCCUGAAGAUAGUGGCGCUUAUCAUAAUUUACAGCGGAACCCGAAUCCAGAGGCUGUUGUGACAAACCAACCGCGAGGUUUUGGCAAGGAAGAAGAAAGUGAUGAUGAUGCUGUAACAGCUCAACCUCAAAGUGGCGCAUCUCAAAAUGCAUCUAAUACACAGCAACCAAUAUUUGCCAUGCCUGCACCAGGUUCAGCGGCGCCAGCGUCAACGGCUAACGAAAGCACGAAUCUAAACAGCGGCGGUGAACGUGUAAUUUAUACCACUGCGGCUGCCACAAAUCCAUUCGUAGGAGCCAAUGCAGCUACAAGUGACACCGGACCAACCAGAUGGUAGACUGAAUAUAUGGAAAACCUAUCAUAAACAUUGAAUUCAUAUUUAUAGUGCAGGAUCUCUACAAUAGCUCAUUACAAUAGAUUAUAAGUUGAUUAUCUUGGUAAAAUAGAUUUCUCCUGUUCUUUCUUGUAUAUACAGUCUGUAUCAUUUUAGAAAUCGUUAUUACAUUGUAUUUGUUCCAAAUAGUGUAUGUAUGUAUAGCUCAUUUGCUACAACAAGAAAUUGUUAUUUUCAAAUUGUUUGCAGGAGAAAGAAUGAAUCCUUUGAACUUUGAAUAAAAAGCUAAUGACAUUUUAUUCCCCUACAUGUGAUAAAAAUGAUAUUACACAAUUGUUAUAAUUCCAAACGUUCAAACUGGUUUUCUAAAGAAAAUUUUGUUUCAGUUGUGCCAUUGUUGUAGCAAAUAGCAAAUAGCAAAUAUGUUCUCUUAUGUAGUCCAACAUAGCGAUCUUCCACCUGUGUAGGAAACUACAUGUACUAUUUUACAAUUUUCUUGUACACAAAGAUAUACUUAAUACUUGAGCUCUUCCAAUUUGGAAAAUAUUGAUUUGUCCAUCUUUUUAUGUUUUGUGUUCCCAUAAUAGAAUUGUUAAAAGAUUAGCACACAUAUACGAGCAAAAAGUAAAAUAAGAUGAAGCCUUGAUAAAAAUAUGAAUUCUUAUACUAAUUGUAAAACGUAAAAUUACUCAGCUAUAAUGUAUGAUGAAAGGUAGUCCUUUUCUCCUCUCUAGAAUGUUUGCACAUAGUUAUUGAUAUCUCGACCCGACCACUCGUCCGCGGUUAAGUUCUUGAGAUAUAGGUAAUGUAAUAUUUGAAUAUAAUAAUUAUACAGAAUGUAGAAAACGUGAUAUAAUUUUUAAAUGAAUUUCACAAGACGGCUACUCAUUGGAGGCCUAAUUAUGAAGUUUGACACUUGUUUAGAAUAUAAUUAAAUAUGUUUCUAACUUUCUGAAAAUUAAACGUGCUCUUCUUUAAUAAAACUUUUAUUCUUGAUCUUAACGAUCGGUUAAUAUAUUUAUUAUUAAAUUAACAAGAAUACGCACUUAUAAGAAAGAUUUGACUCAAAUUUAUUAAAGGAAAAUAUUCUAUGUAUAUGUGUUAUGCAUAUUGAUAUUAAUCCCACACUUACAAUCUGUAUAUUGAUUGUUAAUAAUAUUAAAAAAUGGCAUUUACGUGUGAAUAAUCAUUAUGAAAUAUAUAAAAAUUUGUUACGAUAUAAUAAUUAUUGUAUCUUCUGCACACUCUCGUGUAUUUAUGACAUCGGACAGCAUCGCUUAGGAAUAAGUGUAAUACGAUUGAUUUCAAAUUCAGUUUAUCUUAACAUGACAGAUAUCACUUUUUAUUCUAUUUUGUCUCAAAAUUUUAAAAAAUGUGAGAUUUUUAUCUCAGAAUAAAAAUGUAUACAAUCGAAAUAGUAACAUGAAAAUAAAUAAACAUUGCCUUUGAUCACACUAAAUGAAAAGUUAUAUUUUUUAAGACAUUUCAUCUAUGCGUUAAUUAUUUUGCAAUAAAAUAUAUUAUCGUAUUGAGUUACAUAAAAUUAUUUCAACAAAAUCUUUUCAAAAUAGAUUACUGUAUUAUCACUGAAAACACUUUCACUUUGAGUGUUUCAAUACACAAAGUAUAUUGUGUAAUUGACUAUUAAACGGAAAUGGAAAAAAUUAGAACGCCUCUUGAUGUAAUGUAUUCUAUAACAUCUUUUAGAAGAUACAAAGCGCGAGGUUUUUGUAAAAAGUAUAAUGUCAUGUAUGUAUCGGACCGGUUAAUCUGAAUUUUCAUGCCACGUACGUGGACACACGUAUCAAAGUAAAUUAUAAUACUGCAUGUUUACGAUAACCUUUCUUUAAUUAUAAAUAUUUAUCCAUGUAUUGUCCAAAUGUAUGAUGGUGUAAAUGGUAAAAAUAUUGUUAACAUGAAAGAACAUGUCUAAGAUUUCCAACAAUGUAAAAACAAUACAGACGUAUAUACACUCGUAAUGAAUAGUAAUCAUAUGUAAUAUAAUGUUAUUACGUAAAAGUGUGAGAUAAAUCGACUGAACGUAUAUACGAAAAUUGCCUGAAUCUUUCAUAAGACAUUCGUAGAAACCUGUGAAAAGUUUUACAAAACUUUUAAAAAUGUCUUGAAAUUGUUCUUGUACCAAAUCCACUGUACAGUUACAUCGAAUAUUAUAAAUUGAUCUUUCUUUUGUUAUCCUCUAUUAGUAAACGAACGUACAAUUCAUUUUAUACGUAUUCUACGUUUACAGUGGAAACAAUUGGCGUGACAGUUGGACUAUAAACUACCGUGAACCGAGAAAGAUGUCUUUGGUAUAUCUUACUGUAUCUAGCAGCAUAUAUCUAUACUAUCGAACAUGAAAAACAUACGAAAAAUAAACUUAUCUUCAUCGCGUAUAGGAGGGAAGAAUUCAUAAUUCGACAUAGCUGUGAUGAGAGAUCAGGAGCCUUAAUUACAAUUGUUUCGAGCAAAUGUUGAAUUAAUUACAUUACAAUAUUACAAAUUAUAUUGCAAAACUUGAUAAAAUAGUAGCUUUCAGUCAAAAUCUAUUUCUCGGUAAAUGUACAUGUUUAUUUGGUUUUUAUGACGUAUUUAUUCCUCGUUAAUGUGUAACCUGGUAUACCUUGUAAUACCUAUUUUACAAAUAUAGAAUGUUAUACAAGUUGUUUGCAUAUUUAGGUAUAAUUACGUUUAUUAUAUGCAGCAUGCUUCUAUUUAAUAAAGAAGUAUACUAUUAUUGAUAUAAUAUUAUACAUACCAGAUUUAAUUGUUGUAACUGGAAAUGUUGUACCUAAAAUAAAAGAAGCAAGAAAUUAUUACGAAGCCAACAUUGUACAACAAGUGUUAAUAAGUUAGAUCGAAUCAAUAAAUAAAAUAAUGUA